AUGGCGACCACUGGAGACGAGCAGCUCGGGCCUGAAGUUUGUGUAAUCGGAACCGGCGUCAUCGGCCUCGUUACGAUCAAGAACCUUCUCGAGCAAGGGCUUCAUGUCACAGCAUUCGAAAGACAUGAGCACAUUGGGGGAACCUGGUACGUCUCGGAAGACGGAAAACAAACUACGGCACUGGAGCAGACAAAGUUCAACACGUCCAAGCAAUCGGCUUCCUACACGGACUUCCCAUUCCCAGACGAACUCCCAAUACAUCCUCAGGCAAGGGACAUCCAGACAUACCUCGAGUCGUAUGCCAAGCACUUCAACUUGCUGCCGCAUAUCGAGUUCUCUACGACAGUAGAUCGGAUCGAACGCGACGAGGCAGGGAAAAAAUGGCUCGUGUACACAAAAGACACCAACACAGGUUCGCAUGCGUGUCGAAGCUUUGACCGCGUUGCCCUUGCAACGGGUAUACUCAACACGAAGCAUCUUCCCAAAGUUAGAGGGAUCGAGACGUUUGCAGGAGAUGCCGUCCAUUCCCGAGAGUUCAAGGACCCGUCCAAGUACACCGGCAAGAACGUGCUUGUUGUCGGUAUCGGCGCAACGGGAGCGGACUCGACGUCCUUUUUGGUCAGAGCGAAAGCUGCCAAGGUGUAUCUCAGCCAUCGAUCGCAAUUCUUUCUUCUGCCUCGCAUGGUUAAAGGCAAGGCCUUUGACCACUCUAUGACCCGCCGGGUUGGCACGAUAGCUCUCGUCGCCAUGCGAUCAAAAGCGUAUCCCUUCUUGAACGAACAUCCAUCCCUCAGUGCCCCUCGACAGACAGAUGGGAUUCUGCACCGCAUACCCUUCUUCUCGGAUGACUUGGCGAAUAAUCUGCGAGAUGGCAACAUUGAGACAGUCGUGGGCAUUGAGGAGAUUACGGGGCCUAAGUCGGUGGCCCUAACAGACGGUCGAGUGCUGGAGGAUAUCGACGCCAUCAUCUUCUGCUCCGGAUACUUUUAUGACUUUUCUGUAAUUCGGGGAACUGGAGAUCCUACGGACCCGACUAUUGCUCCGGAUCAUCACAAAGAGAUUCAGGCGACUCGGUUUUACGACCCGCAGGACAGGUUUCCCCGACUAUAUCAGGGAUUCCUCUCGGAGCAGUAUCCCGAGUCUUUGGCGUUCAUGGGACACAUGCUCAUCAAUAAGCCGCCAAUUCCGCUUUACGACGUCAUCUCGAUGGCGCUGGCGAGCGUGUGGAGUGGUACAUACCCCAUCGCGUCAGUCGAGGAACGACGCAAGGACAUUGACAUUCAAUACCACUUCCUCGUACAGGCGCUGAACCGGGGGCCAAUGCAUCACCUCGGCCUCCGAGUCAUCUCAACAAAGACGUAUGACUGGCUGAACAAGGCCGCGGGAACGGGGGUGACAGAACGGUUGGGCUGUUGGAGCUGGGAGGCGUGCAAGCUGUGGUGGAGCGACCGCAAGUUCUACAACCUUUUGAUGGAUGGGCCUGACGUGCCGGCAGUGUACCGGCUGUUUGACAUGGGGCGGGGGAGGAAGCCUUGGCCGGGGGCGCGAGAGAGGAUUGAGUACGUCAAUGCCGAGUGCAUGCUCGGCAUCCGUCCCACCCUCAAGGCGCGGCCGUCGCUACUGGAUCUGAUUCGCGCCAGGAACGACGACGCCGCCGACGACAGCGACAGCGACAGCGAUAACGACGACCGCGGGCGCGUCCCGCAGCGAGACAGCAGCAGUAGCAUCGGCACGAGCCCUGCGAACAGCCGCCCAGGUUCCAGAGGCAGCAACUCCAGAGGCAGCAACUCCAGAGACAGCUCCAGAGACAGCUCCAGAGGCAGCUCCAGCGGGCCACCCCCUGCACCGCCCACUGACAUUGCUGCGGCGACCACUGAAACGACAUCAUCGCCGGCCCCACCCUCGCCUCCGCCAAGCGGUACACGGCUGAACCGCCUGUGGGCCGCUGCAACGCGAGGUACCUCGACUGCCUCCACUGACGCUGGUGCUACUGCAGCUCUCGCUCUCGUCGACGUAGCUCGCCAACUGCCUCUGCCAAACUCUCCACCACCAUCACCACCACCGCCUCCCUCAUUCGCAUCCUCCUCCGCCUCACCCUCACCCUCGACUCCAUCGCCCAUCCGGCCCCCGUUGCCGCCCUCCCAGAGCUUCUCUCCUCGCCCCAAUCUCGAGCUCGACGCCGCGCCCGUCCUUCCGCCCAAGAUGGCUCCUAAAGCGAAAGCUGCCGGCACCGCCGAUGACGACUCUACUCAUUAUGGCAAAAUCUACUCCGUCUCUGGCCCCGUCGUCGUGGCCGAGGACAUGACGGGUGUUGCCAUGUACGAGCUGGUCAAAGUAGGACACGACAACCUCGUCGGUGAGGUCAUUCGAAUCAGUGCCGACCAAGCUACCAUUCAGGUCUACGAGGAAACCGCCGGUGUCAAGGUCGGAGACCCCGUUGGUCGAACUGGCAAGCCUUUGUCCGUCGAGCUCGGUCCCGGUCUGCUCAACGGUAUCUACGAUGGUAUCCAACGUCCCCUCGCAGACAUUGCCAAGAUGGCCAAGUCCAUUUACAUCCCCCGCGGUGUCGCCGUCCCCGCACUCGACCGCAACAAGAAGUGGGAGUUCACCCCGACCAAGAAGGUCGGCGACCACAUCUCCGGUGGUGAUGUCUGGGGUACCGUCUUCGAGAACUCUUUCCUGGCUGUCCACAAGAUUCUGUUGCCUCCUCGCGCCCGGGGUGUCAUCACCAAGAUCGCCUCCAAGGGCGAGUUCACCGUCACCGAGAAGCUCCUCGAGGUCGAGUUCGAUGGCAAGAAGACCGAGUUCCCCAUGAUGCAGACCUGGCCCGUCCGAGUGCCCCGUCCCUCCAACGAGAAGCUCACCGCCGAUCAACCCUUCAUCGUCGGCCAGCGAGUGCUCGACGCCCUCUUCCCCAGUGUCCAGGGUGGUACCGUUGCUAUCCCUGGUGCCUUUGGUUGCGGAAAGACUGUCAUUAGUCAGUCCGUCUCCAAGUUCUCCAACAGCGACGUCAUCGUCUACGUCGGAUGUGGUGAGCGAGGAAACGAGAUGGCUGAAGUCUUGAAGGAUUUCCCCGAGCUUACCAUCGACGUCGACGGCCGAGAGGAGCCAAUUAUGAAGCGAACCACCCUCAUCGCCAACACCUCCAACAUGCCCGUCGCCGCCCGAGAAGCCUCCAUCUACACCGGAAUCACUGUCGCCGAGUACUUCCGUGAUCAAGGUCUUGACGUCGCCAUGAUGGCUGACUCCUCGUCUCGAUGGGCUGAGGCUCUUCGUGAGAUUUCCGGUCGUCUGGGAGAGAUGCCUGCUGAUCAGGGUUUCCCCGCCUACUUGGGUGCCAAGCUCGCCUCCUUCUACGAGCGAGCCGGUAAGGUCCAGACCCUUGGCUCACCUGAGCGUGAGGGCAGUGUCAGCAUUGUCGGCGCUGUCAGCCCCCCAGGUGGUGAUUUCUCCGAUCCCGUCACCAUGUCCACCCUCAGUAUCGUGCAGGUCUUCUGGGGUCUCGACAAGAAGCUCGCUCAGCGAAAGCAUUUCCCGUCCAUCAACACCGUCGUAUCGUACAGCAAGUACACUGUGAUCCUCGACAAGUACUACGAGAAGAACUACCCCGAUUUCCCCCGACUCCGAGACCGCAUUCGACAGCUCCUGUCCGACUCAGACGAGCUCGACCAAGUCGUGCAGCUAGUCGGAAAGAGCGCUCUGUCCGACCCCGACAAGAUCACCCUGGACAUUGCUACUCUCAUCAAGGAGGAUUUCCUGCAGCAGAACGGUUACUCCGACUACGAUCAGUUCUGUCCCAUCUGGAAGACGGAGUGGAUGAUGAAGCUCAUGGUUGGCUUCCAUGACGAGGCACAGAAGGUCAUUGCCCAGGGCCAGAGCUGGGCCAAGGUCCGAGAGGCCACCUCCGAGCUCCAGGCACAGCUGCGACAAUUGAAGUUUGAGGUUCCCACCGAUGGCGAGGACGUCAUUUGCAAGAAGUUUUGCAAUGGAAAUAUUCACGGAUUCCAUGCAUCAACCCCUAACUCUCUUACUUCGUCCUCCCCUCACUACCCCGCCACCAUGUCCGACGAGCUCCGCGACGAGGUGGAAGCCAUCAACUCCAUCUACGGCGACGGCAGCCUCGUGCCGGCCGACGACGACACCUCGGCGUCGGUCUACAUCCUCAAGCUCCCCGGCGACGCCUCCUCCCUGCGCCUCAGCUUCGCCGGAGACUACCCCGCCAGCCCGCCCUCCGUGCUGGCGACGCACCACAGCUCCGGCGGCAAGAGGGGCGCCGGCGCGCGCGACCUGGCACUGUUCCGCGAGGCCCUCGGCGAGGUCUUUGAGCCCGGUGUUGUUUGUCUGUUUGACGCCGUCGAGGAGUUUUCCCGGCGGUGCGAGGAAGACGCCCCGGAGCCGUUUGACACGGAGGACGCCGGCGCCGAGCCGGAUCCCGUACCGACACCGGCAGCAGAACUCGACGCAUUCCCACCUCCGGCCUGGACGGCCUCGGAAGUCGUCAUAGACAGCAAAUCCACCUUCAUCGCACACGUCGCACGCGUAACGUCGACCGAACAAGCGCGUCACCACGUGCAAUCCCUCCUCGCGUCGGACCGGCGCUUCCGCUCGGCGACGCACAACAUGACGGCGUGGCGCAUCCGGGGCCCGGGCAACGCGAGCUUCCAGGACUGCGACGACGACGGCGAGGCGGCGGCCGGCGGCAGGCUGCUGCACCUCAUGCAGCUCAUGGACGUGUGGGACGCCAUGGUCGUCGUGUCGCGGUGGUACGGCGGCGUGAAGCUCGGGCCUAGGCGGUUCGCAGUCAUCAACGCCGCCGCGAGGGAUGGGUUUGUCCGGGCGGGGUUGGUCGAGGAGAAAGACAAGGAGAAGAAGAAGGGCAAGUGA